AACCAUUAAUCUCUUAAUUUGUUUUCCAGAUUCAAGCGCGCAGAAGCUAAUUUCCUACUUAUUAAUUUGUCAAUUUCUUCUGGUCGUAGUUCUCGAUUGUUGAAUAGAUGCGUCAUGCAUUUGUUUGUUUGUGCGUAAUAUAUAAUGCCGGUUAUUCUUCUUGCUGCUCUUCUUGUUUAAUUAUGAGUAUUACCUCCAAAAUCAUAAGAAACACUUGUAUGGACUAUGGGAUUGGUCCUCAAAAUUAGUCUAGUUGCGCUAAACUGGUCCGGACGCCUCAGUUAUUAAAAGAUAUGAACUUUAUGAGUAUAUAACCGGGGGCAGGGAUUGAGGCAGGGUUUACACGAAGGAGGGGCUGAAGCUUAAAAUCUAAAUUCCAAGUUUCAAUGAUUACACGAAUUUUGAAGUUUUCGUUACAAAUAUUUUGAAAUUUAAGCAUGAAAUCAAUAUUGGAUCUACGCCCAUUCAAAUUAAGUCUUCUGAGGAGGGAUCAAGUCUUCUGAUUUGCCUGUCGUUACCGUCUUCCUAGGGAAUUCCCUCCAUAUGUUUAUGAUCUAAACACAGCUGUAAGGUUACAAGGGAAUUGCUCUGUGCUUGAACCAAGAAAUAAGAAAAAGCAAAAGAAAGAAUUGCUGAGUCCAUGAAUGAGUAAUCCUGCCGGUGAAUCCAGGAGGCAGAAGGAAUGCAGACUUGUAUAACAGCAGAUAAUUUACAGGGAAAUUUUCUUCUAGAUGUUUUCUCUGAUUUACUUUUUUCUCUGCAAAUUUGGGUUAUUAGAUUGCUACAGUAUAAGAGUAAAUCCAAUAAUGCGUUGUUCGUUACUGUGUUUUUAUUUUGUGCUACGUGAUGGAACAAAGACAAACGCUAUAAGAUUUCUGAUUUGGUUAUUUUUUCUGAUUGUAAAGAAUAGUUAGUAACAUGACAAAAAUAGACCGCUCAAGCUUCGCUGAGAACAAGAGGACAAUGAGUGGUUCAACUUCAGACAUGAUCAGUAAUCUCCCGUGCAAUGUACUUGAAAAAAUCUUAAUGUGUCUGAGGUUACAUGCUGCGGUGAGGACAAGUGUUUUGUCGAAGAAGUGGAGGCAUAUCUGGACCACGCUUCCCCAACUUGUAUUUGAUGAUACGUUCUACCAAGAAUGUACGACGGCAACAAGGAACAACCUUCUGACGACUAUUUAUCAAGUUUUCCUACAACAUCAUGGACCAAUACUCAAGUUCACAGUCUCUUUAACGGCGCUGGAAAGCUGUCCACAGAUUGAUCAAUUGAUACAUUUUGUGUCAAAAAAUGGCAUCCAAGAAUUGACCCUACACUUUCACAAGGGUGGACUUUAUAAAUUGCCGUCAUCACUAUUUUCUUGUCGAGGUAUUACAUGUUUGGAUCUCGUUGCUUGUGUCUUUAAACCUCCACUUGGGUUUAAAGGAUUUAGCAGGCUCCUUUGCCUGAAGCUUGAUAAAGUUGUCAUUGCUGCUGACACACUUUCAAGUUUGAUUUCUGCUUGCCCGCUACUGGAACGGCUAAUGAUUGAAUGCUUCAUUAGUUUUGGUUACCUGGAAAUUGUCGCUCUUAAUCUGAGAUUCGCCCAGUUUGUAGACCUUUUCAGUUCUGUUUGUUUCAAAAGUACUCCUCAUCUUGCAAAACUAUCAAUUCAUUUGCUAUCAUCCUCCUGGAACUUAGUAUCAGAGAAACGAGUACCAUUACCAUCUAAGCCAAACAUGCUGACUGGUACUUUUCCUGUCACUGAACUUCUGGAAUUGGACUACUAUCAUCUCAAGGCCAUGACUGCAGGUGGUGUACCAAAUAGACAUCCAAAUACAUUGACUCAUCUCAAAAUUCUGAAAUUGCAUCUUAUUUGUCUUGAGAAAGUAGAUGAGAUCUAUAUGGUUCUUUGCUUAAUUAGAAGCUCCCCAAACUUGGAAAAAAUUCAACUUAAGGCAUGUCCGGGUGUAACUGUAGUUCUUGAUCCUGGUAUCUGGCACGAGGCCUGA